AUGAGGACGGCCUUGCGGUAUCGGUUAGGCAAUGUGCGGGAGUCUGAAUUCACAAGGGCACGACGACUUAUCAAUUCUCAUGAUCCAUUGAGCACGCAGGAGCAGGUGCAGGUGCUUCAUUAUCUUGCAGCAUCCAUGCGCUCAAGUGUGACACUCCUCCGUGUUGUUGCUGUGCUUCAGAUAUUUCUGGCCUUUCUGUUUAUUGCCAUGUUGGCAGCUGGUCACCCACUUGUGUACGCCGUCAUCGAUGAUGCUCCACCAUUGACAUUUGGAGGGACCGUUGCGAUUAUGACGUCGUCUAUUCUUUUAGUGGCAGGUGGGUUGUAUGACAUGCGUACGUGUCGUCGUACUCUUUACAUUGAUGAGGCCGCACUCGUUGAAACGAAUCCCGGCAGAGAACAAGAGACGGGCGUGCAUGCAGGGAGAAGGGACGCAUGUACGGCAGCGUUGGUAGUGACAGAACCGCCGCGGUACCAUUACUUUUUGGGUUUUCUCGCUCUUUGGCCUACGGUGUAUUGGCUAUAUGUGAUGCGUGUCUAUCACACACACAUGGCACAGCAGGGACCCGUGUUUUUUGGGGUUGCAGACAACUGGGUGGAGUUGGUGCUGGUGCUGUGGCAGCCCGUGAUGCACUUUGUUUUUGCAAGGACACUCCGUUCCAUCGUUACCGGAAAGAAUGACCUCCUGCGCCUCGCAAAGAUGAAAUACCGCUACGACAAACUGUGA